AUGAUAAAAGAACGCCGGCCAUUCCUUCGACGCAACAGGCCCACGACCCAAGCUGAGACGACCACAGACUCCAUAGACACAACAACAAACAAAUACACUAGACGCGGAAACAACAAAUUCAAGAACCGAAAAACGGAAAGCGCGAGCGACAAGGAAAAGCCAUCUUCUGAGAAGCCGUUGCUUGGAAAUGAGAAGCCUGAACGAACAUUCGUGCGCCGGCGACCUGGUGGGGGGAACGCUACAAUCCCUCGCACCAUUGCAUCUUCGACGGUGUUGCCGAGAAGACCGUUCCGAAUCGCCAGUAGACGCCGGCCUUUUACCCCCAGCACCACUACCACAACCACCACCCAAGCUACCACUCAAGCGUUCGAGAGCGAGGAAUCAUUACAGGAUCUUGGGGAUACUGAUACAUUUGAAGAACCGUCUCUCCAACCACGUAACAACAAGAUCACGAACUUGACCCGUCGUAGACCGCUCAUCCAGCUGAAGAGUGAGACAGGAGAUCAGAACCCCUCUGCCACGAACGAUGACAAGAAAGAGAGGCAAAGCAAGAAGUACAGUGCUAGCUUUAAACAGAAUCAGCUAGAUGAAGCAUUGAAGAGCAGAACUAGUGGAGAAGUCGACGCCACCACUGAGGGGAGAUUGGUGACUGCUGAUGAUUACAGUGCAGAAACAGCAGUGGCAUUGGCUGCACAUCAGCUCCUAGCAGCUCCAGUACCAGUUAUACCAGAUUACGACGAGCCUAAAACAACCAAAAAACCAAAAACAACACAAACCAUCGUGGACUACAAGUACACCAGUCCCUACUACAACGAAGAGUUGAGGACGCAGGGCGCCACGGAAGACUACGGACGUAACUCCCAAACCUUCGAAACAUCCACAGCUUAUUACCAGAGCGAUCCUUCUACAUACGAUUCUAGACUCUCGUAUACAUCCACCGAUAGCUUCACGAGGCGUCCGUACCAGACACGAUCCGGUUCCACGGUAGAUGAAGCAACAGGACGAUACGACAAAACAACACAGUACAACACGAUCCGACCUGGUGUUCGAUUUACGAUCCCUGAUGGCUUCGAAUCCACACCAUUUACAAGAACAAUUACUCCCGAGGUCGUAACCGAUUACGAAUCGACAGGAAGAUAUAGAACACGAUACACUCCUCCGACCGUCGAAAGCUCGACUCCGUUCGCAAGAAAUACUGUACGCCCAUCAGGAGUGUCCCUUAGUAUUGGUUCAGAAAACUCCGGGGAGUCAACAGCGCGAUUUUCCUACGAGUUUCCAUCAACGGUCAAUUACGAGACGAGAGCUACUAGGCCACGAGCCUCCACUGCAGAUGCUGUGGAGACAACCAGGUUCACAACUGUUGCUGAUCCAGAUUACGAAACAAAGGUUACCAGGUCUAGGGCCUCACCAUCAGAAUCUACCCGAUAUUCUGAAGAUUACCCAUCGACUGUUAAAUUCUCGAGACCAGCUGGAUUUUCACCGAACUUGGUGAAUGUGGGAUACGAAGCGUCUACGCUAAGGUUGGGACCAUCUACUGCUAGAUAUUAUGAGUCUAGCGCGAAGAUUCCGGCUCCCGUAGAGGUGUCCACGGAGGGAGUCAGUCAGGAGCCCUCGUUCUUCACGAGGGAAUACCUUUUGGAGUCACCGGUUACUAAAGCUUAUGAUGAUGAAUACCAAUACUUAUCACCAAUAACGAAUCCGCAAACCACAACGACCAGAAAACCACCACCACGAAGAAAGACAAUCUACCGCCGGCCAACAUCAACUCUUAGUACAGCAAACCCAGUGACGGAAACAUCGAAGCCAAGAAGGACCACCAGGAAACCGUUUGAGAAAAUCCCAGUUCAAGAAACGGCGCUGAACAUAGAAUUAAAUGAUGUACAGAAAGAAAAGACGAAAUCUGAACCUAAUAGGACUAAACCUGUAGAGUACGAUUACUAUGACGAUGACCAAGAGAAGAUUGGAGUCAAAUAUGAAAAGGAGACCAAAGUCAUUUUAGAUGGAAAAGGUAACAUCGAAUGCCUAGACAUCGGUAAUUUCCCGCAUCCGUCAUCAUGUAAGAAGUUCAUCUCCUGCGCGCGAAUCCGCGGUGGCUCAGUCCUGGGCUGGGAGUACAUUUGUCCUAAAGGUCUCUCCUUCGAUCCAGUCGGAGGCAUUUGUAAUUGGUCCGCUGGCCUGGGUUGCCAGGAAAAAGACAUUUGA